UUUCAUUUGUUUUGAUUCUCAGGGAGAAGAUUCCAGAGUUUUCAUUUUGGCAUCAUUUUCAAGAACGGCAAACCAAAGAAACACAUGCUAUGUAAAGAAGAAACGAGUCAAAGGCAAUAAACCAAAAGCCUCCCAGCCCUGACCUGGCUGAUAGAGAUCAGAUGGUGAGUGGAUAGAAGCCUCCCCAGUCUUGGGUCCAUGAUGUACGCACCAGUUGAGUUUUCAGAAACGGAAUACGCACGAAUUCAAUAUCAAAGAAGACAACAACAAUUCUGGGACCCUAUUAGACUAUCUCUUUUCACAUUGGCGAUUGUAGCAAUCAUAGGAAUAACAAUUGGCAUAGUCACUCACUUUGUUGUUGAAGAUGAUAAGUCAUUCUACUACCUUGCCUCUUUUCAAGUCACAAACAUCAAAUACAAAGAAAAUUAUGGAACAAGGUCAUCAAGAGAGUUUAUAGAAAGAAGUCAUCAGAUUGAGAGAAUGAUGUCUAGGAUUUUUCGACGUUCUUCUGGAGUGGGUCGAUUUAUCAAGUCCCAUGUUAUCAAGAUAAGUCCAGAUGAACAGGGUGUAAACAUUCUUAUGGUGCUCAUGUUUCGAUACCCAUCUACUGAUAGUGCUGAACGAAUCAAGAAAAAAAUUGAAAAGACGUUAUAUCAAAGUCUGAAGAUCAAACAGUUGCCUUUGACUAUAAAUAAACCAUCAUUUAGCCUCACAUCUAUUGACAGCAGAAAGAUGAGAAAUCUUCUCAAUAGUCGAUGCGGGAUAAGGAUGGCAUCUUCAAACAUGCCAUUACCAGCAUCCUCUACUACUGAGAGAAUUGUUCAGGGAAGAGAAACAGCUAUGGAAGGGGAGUGGCCAUGGCAGGCCAGCCUACAGCUCAUAGGGGCUGGCCAUCAGUGUGGAGCCACACUCAUCAGCAACACAUGGCUGCUCACAGCGGCUCACUGCUUCUGGAAAAACAGAGACCCAAGUAAAUGGAUUGCUACUUUUGGUACAACUAUAACACCACCUGCAGUGAAGCGAAAUGUUGGAAAGAUUAUUAUCCAUGAAGAUUACCACAGAGAAAGCAAUGAAAAUGACAUUGCUCUAGCCCAGCUCACGACCCGAGUAGAGUUUUCAAAUGUGGUCCAGAGAGUCUGCCUCCCAGACUCAUCUAUGAAACUGCCACCCAAAACAAGUGUGUUUGUCACAGGAUUUGGAUCUAUUGUAGAUGAUGGACCUACACAAAAUAAACUUCGGCAAGCUAGGGUGGAAACCAUAGGCAGUGAUGUGUGUAACAGAAAGGAUGUGUAUGAUGGCCUAAUAACUCCAGGGAUGUUGUGCGCUGGAUUCAUGGAAGGAAAAGUAGAUGCAUGUAAGGGUGAUUCUGGGGGACCUCUGGUUUAUGACAAUCGGGACAUUUGGUACAUCGUGGGAAUUGUAAGUUGGGGGCAAUCAUGUGCUCUUCCAAACAAGCCUGGAGUCUACACAAGAGUUACUAAGUAUCGAGACUGGAUAACCUCCAAGACUGGCAUCUAAAGUGGACUCCUGUGAGUUAUAGCCAUGGUGCACAGAACAAGAUACUUAAAGAUUGUGUAUUAUCACUUAGAGUUGUGAGUUAUAGUCACGGCCCAAGAAGCAGGAUGCUUGCAGAUUGUAUAUUAUCACUUAAGGUCGUGAGUUUAUAGUCACAGCACACAGAGCAGGAUGCCUGCAGAUUGUACAUUAUUACUUAGAGUCAUGGGGAUCAAAUCAAUGCUUCUGCCAGAUAUCAAGGAACUCAUCACACCAAGUCCAACUUAAUAUCAUGAAAUGGCUUUUGUGUACAUAAACUCUCUACCAAGAAGAAGGAAGACAUGGCUAAUGACAGGUAGCAUGAAUGCCUCACUCAUAAGAGUGACUCCUCAAUGUGACAAACACUUGCAAAUGGUUUCCCUCAGGACAUAAGCGCUGCCAGGCUGCUACAACCUUACCUCAUAUGA